AUGACAAAUCUCAUUCGCGCCUCAAGGCGAUGCAUGGCCCUUAAAAUGCCUCGAGCAAGUGCCCUCGCAGCAUUCGAAGAUUUCUCCAAGUCCUUUCAGCUUCGAUUGGAUUAUCCAGUCCAGACGACGGGAGACUUCAUUGAUCAAAAUCUGAAUAAAGGCGAGCCCGUUCCCUCGAUCCUCCUUGAUCAGCUGAUUCAAACAGUUGAAACUAAGAAGCAGUUCAUCGAUAUUUCGUACCACUUGUGGCGCUUUAGGCACUCGCCGUUUAGCUACAAAAUGAGGCCCUGGACGAACUAUUUUCUCAUCACAAAAGGAGUCCGCCUGGGUGCAUUUGAAGCAUUGAUUGAGCUCUUGUUGAAGUCGGAAACGUAUGGUUGCUUCCCAGAUGCUGCUAGUCUCUCUUAUUUAUUGUUAAAUCUCGUUGAAAAUGGAGAAAAUCAACUGGCGGUCGAAGCGUGCGUGGAUUUAUUGAUAAAAGAUUUGUGCUCCAGUUCGACUUUGGCAAAACUCUGCUUGAAUAUUUUUAUCCAUAACAUCGAAAAUCUUCAAUCAUGCGAAGCAAAGCAAGUUUACGCGUCUGUCAGAAUCAUUGGAAAUAUCCUCGAGAAUGAAAAGCUCAAAGAUCUUGGCGCUUGUGGAAUCGCCAAGACAAUUUCUGAAGAAGAAGUGACAAAAGAUGAUCAUUUUUAUAUCGACCCUUAUGUUAAUUAUGAAGAGCUCUGUAGCAAUCCGCAGAUUGAGUUUGAAGAGUUUAUCGAGCAAUUGAAAUCGCUGGAUUUAGAAUUUGGAAGCUUGGAGGGCGAGAUUAAUGGACUUUUUAACGAUGCUAGUGAAACUUUUAAGCAAUGGAAUGCAGAAGCAACAGAUCUCCACCAAGCUCUAGAAACCCUCGUUUCUGACAGAAAAGACUGGGCAGCGCGAUACCAACAGUUGGAAAAAGAGUUCAAGGCUGGCGUCCAAUAUGCAUUAUCUCAGACUGGGCUUUUUAACCAAAGACAAGCCAUGGAGCAGCGCGGAAGUGAGCGAAUGCCGAAACUCUACCCGCCUUACAUGGAGAAUGAAUAUUUCAUCGUCGCCGUAUCCGACCUUGAGUUAGAACAGGACAUCUACGAGGCAAAGAAUCCAAAAGAGUGGAGCAAAAUCAAGACGUUCUUUGAAAACAGAAAACAAGAAAAAGAACUGGCCCUAGAAGAACGAAGAGCGCCGCUGAGAAGGAAUUACAAAACGAAUGAACGGUGGAAUGGGAAAAUGUUUUCUGAAUUUGACAAGCCUAAUUCUACACCUCGAUUGCCCAUCGAGUGA